GACCCGCCGCAGUAUAGUCAUAAUCCACACAGUUGCAAAUUGGGUUGUCAACACUGGCGCCAUUUUAAAUCAACCACACUAUAGUCUGCCUUUCCUGUUUUUGUUUUACCAUUACUUUGAAAGAUGCUACACGAGCUACCGUGAACGAAAACUGGAAAACGGGUUCUGUGACAGGCGCUUGAGUAGUCCACGGAUGGACAACCCACUCAGAAGAUGACGUUCACGGAAGAGUGCAGACCAUGCAUGAUACACUGUCGAUGAGUACAGCACAGCAAAAUCAAGAUUGGUCCAAAAUGAUCAAAGGUGCCAAGCGGGGUUUCUUCGUGCUUGGGGUGUGCGUCCUUGCACUUGCCACGGUAUAUCAGGUUCACGUGGUUAACCCCUUCAGCAGUCACGAGGCAGGCCAGCGGGUCACCUACAAGCUAGGAGGUGGCCAGGCCAAAAUUAAGCAGAUCAUAGAGAGAGACAAGUUACGACAGGCAGAGGAGAGCGAGGAGGAGCGGGACCUGGACGCCGAGAGACGCUGGGGAAUAGGAGACAAGGACGAACACAGACUUGAACUGGCAGUAAAGAAACAGGUCAACGCCAAAGUCAUCACGCUUAAAGACCUGCCAAUCACAGACAAGGUCAACUGGAGAGAGUACGAGAAGAAUAUCACCGAGUGGACGUGGAGACCAAGUCACACAAACAUCACAAGAUUUAGAAAGGAACUGAGAGCGGCCAACAUUGACGUCCAAGGGCGCUUCGUGACGUCCAAUGCGACGCGCAAAGCCGGCAGCAAGAUUACCACUUACCUGUCCCGAAACAAUGUCACGCUUACCAGCCCGUUCACCAGGUAUCAACCCAAGGUGUCGCCCUUCGAUGGCAAAGCCUUCAAGAAAUGCAGCGUGGUUGGCAACAGUGGCCUGCUGAUUAACAGUGCGUGCGGCCGCGAAAUCGAUGUUGCCGACUACGUCUUCAGGAUAAAUGUACCCGAGAUGGACCCAUACAUUCAGGACGUUGGGUACAAGACCGAUUUCACCACUCUCAAUCCAAGCAUUUUCAAGCGAAAGUAUAAUUAUUUCGCCAGCACACGUCUGACCGACAAAUUCAACCAAGACAUAUCACAGUUCCAGGGCUUGCUGAUGUUUCCAUGUUUCAGCGACGCGGCCUGGGUGCCCAUAUGCACCCGGGCCCUGCAGCGAUUGACGCCUAAGCAGUCCCUCAGCAUCGCCUUCGGAGAUCCGGACCAGUUUUCCCUGAUCCGGGAUUAUUGGGUGACAAAGGGACUACAGAAGUAUCCUUCCACUGGUUUGUAUCUAGCCACAGCCGCUAUUGCUUUGUGCGAGGAGGUGCAUCUGUACGGCUUUUGGCCCUUCGUGGAUUCCUCCAUGGCCCACGUCACCACGCACCCGGUCAAGUACCACUACUUCGACAACACGCACAUGGUGCGGACCCACGACAUGCAGGCCGAGUUCGAGCUGCUGACCCGCCUGCACCAAGUCGGCGUGCUGCGGCUGCACAUUCAGGCCUGCUCACCGGAACGGGCCGGGUUGGGAACAGGUGACGGGGACAUCGUGAAUGGAAUGAAUCGCGAGCCCGUCGACAAGCCGCAGAAGAGGAUCGUCAUUGAGAAACUCUGGGACAAUGUUUGAGCCCCAAAAGAGAGGAAAAGCAAUCCUCUCUGCCCAAAAGUGCCUUUUUAAAUUGCAUUAUGCCCUCACGGAUGGCCUGUUAACUUCCAAGGCGACCAAUUUAAUAAGCUUCGAGGAUAGACACUAACAUCUAUCCUCGUUUUAAAUACAAACUUGU